GACUCGCGCAGGCGCCGGCCGCAGCCUCCUCUCGCUCCGGGUUCCCUCCUCCCGCCUCUGCUCUCACAGCCCCGGGACUCUCCGGUCCCGGUCCGCGGCGGCGCGCAGCCCCAGGAGCUACCCAGCGUCGGCGGUCGUCAUGGCGACGGUUGCCAUGGUACUCGGCCUGAGCCUGUUUCUCGGCUGGGCUUCGCUGGGGGCGGAGGCCGAGCCCCGACCCCCCAACAUCGUGCUGCUCCUUAUGGACGACAUGGGCUGGGGUGACCUGGGGGUGUUUGGAGAGCCUUCUAAAGAGACCCCUCAUCUGGACCAAAUGGCUGCUGAAGGGAUGCUUUUCCCUAACUUCUACACUGCCAACCCCCUCUGCUCUCCUUCAAGAGCAGCGCUGCUCACUGGACGCCUUCCCAUCCGCAAUGGAUUCUAUACAACCAAUGCACAUGCCCGAAAUGCUUAUACACCUCAGGAAAUAGUCGGAGGAAUCCCAGAUUCGGAGUUCCUCCUUCCUGAGCUGCUGAAGAAAGCAGGCUAUGUCAAUAAGAUUGUUGGCAAGUGGCAUUUGGGUCACAGGCCCCAGUUUCACCCCUUGAAGCAUGGAUUUGAUGAGUGGUUUGGAGCCCCCAACUGUCAUUUUGGACCUUAUGACAACAAGGCUAGGCCCAACAUUCCUGUUUACAGGAAUUGGGAGAUGGUAGGCAGAUUCUUUGAAGAUUUCCCCAUUAAUCUUAAGACAGGAGAGGCUAAUCUAACUCAGAUCUACUUACAGGAAGCAGUGGAUUUUAUUAAGCAGCAGGCCCACCAACAGCCCUUUUUUCUCUAUUGGGCUGUUGACGCUACCCAUGCACCUGUGUAUGCUUCAAAAUCUUUCCUGGGUACCAGUCAAAGAGGGCGAUAUGGAGAUGCUGUUCGUGAAAUUGAUGAUUGCGUUGGGAAAAUACUGAAACUCCUUCAGGACUUGGGUAUCCAAGAGAACACAUUUGUGUUUUUCACAUCUGAUAAUGGAGCCGCUCUCAUUUCUGCUCCCAUUCAAGGGGGCAGUAAUGGGCCCUUCUUAUGUGGGAAACAAACCACUUUUGAAGGUGGGAUGAGGGAGCCAGCGAUCGCCUGGUGGCCUGGACAUAUACCUGCCGGACGGGUGAGUCACCAGCUGGGGAAUGUGAUGGAUCUCUUCACCACCAGCCUGUCCCUAGCGGGCCUGAAGCCUCCCAGCGACCGAGAGAUUGACGGCAUUGACCUUCUCCCAGCCAUUGUGCGGGGCGAGCUGAUUGACAGGCCCAUCUUCUAUUACCGUGGCAAUGAAAUGAUGGCGGUCAGAGUGGGACAGUACAAGGCUCACUACUGGACUUGGAGCAACUCGUGGGAGCAGUUCAGCCAGGGUAUUGAUUUCUGCCCUGGGCAGAAUAUUUCUGGAGUUACCACCCACAGCCAAGAGGAACAUACAAAAUUGCCCCUGCUUUUCCAUUUGGGAAGAGAUCCAGGGGAGAAAUACCCCAUCAGUUUUUCCAGCCUCGAGUACCAGAAUGUUCUUCUUAAAAUAUUCCCAAUCGUUGAGGAACACAAGAAGACCAUGAUACCAGCAGAGCCACAGCUCAAUGUGUGCAAUCUAGCUGUCAUGAACUGGGCCCCCCCUGGUUGUGAGAAGCUGGGGAGGUGCUUGGCUUCGCCAGAGUCCAAACCCGAGAAGUGCUUUUGGCCCCACUAGCCGCCUGUGGAUCCCAGAAGUCCACGGGGCAGGAGUGGGGAGCACAUAUGCCCUGGUGAGGCUCGUCAUGGAGGCAAGAAAAAAAAGUGUGGAAAGAUGAGUUGUCACAUCCCUUAGUUCCAGCAGUGAUUUUCAUCAGCUCCCCAUGAACAACCGGAGCACAUUCCUGUCUUUGCAAGCUGUUGCCCAGUGUUCAAUUCCUGUGUGACAUUUUUUUAUGGAGUGAACGAUUGUGGCCCAGAGGAAUGACCUCCCAGGAGAAAGAAACUUGGAGUUGUCUUCUCUCCCUGUUAAGAAUCAUGUUUCACAAAGACCAGCAUCUGAAAACAGGGAAACACCCUUGAACUUGUCCUAAAACCCGCUCCCAAGGGACCACCCUUCAUAUCAACCACAGGGUCACUGAUUGGCAACAGAUAAGGAGAAAAAGUGAAUACCCUGUAUUUCUGUUCUCUUUUCCUCUUAAAACCUCCAAAUGCUUUCUGACAUGUGUAUUCUGUUGAUCUUCACAUUGUUACUGUGAAAGAAUAGGUAUUAUUAUCCCCAUUACCUCCUUGACAAGCUUUCUCUAGGGCCUGGAACCUGAGUUCAGACAGCCUGUGUGUGUGUGUGUCUGUACACACACCAAGCUCUAGCCUUUUUUGCCUUUGUAUUUCAGUCCCAGUAUUCACAGUGCAGCUGCCAAACUGGAGUUUCAGUUACUAAUGAGAAAGGAAGGAACCUGGGGUAUUGCAAAGGUCCAUCCGUUUGCCAUCCAGCCCAGCACAUCCUGCCCCAAGGCUUCUUACUUUCCUCUUGGGCCACUCUCCCCAUCAGCAUGGGCCACAGAUGGUUUAAGGGACAGAUAUUGUGUGUGAAGAAGGAAGUCUAGAGCAGGGCUGGGUGGGGGUGGAACUUAGAGAGGAGAGGAUGUUCGGCUAUUACUGAUCUCAGCCCACAGAGAGUAGAAAGGGGGACUGGGGAGAGGGCCCAUUCCCCAAAACCCAGAUACAACUGAAAAGUGGAGAUAGCCAGUGGAUGGUUUUCUGGGAGAAUCUGGAAUUUCACCUCCAUUGAUUCCCCCUGUCAUCUAGGAGGAGUUCACAGGGGAGGAGAGCAUACCUUAUUCCAUCCCCAGAGGAUGGCAUUAGACUGGAGACCACUCUGGAGCCAGAGGGCCGGCCUGAGAUUCUAGAAGGCUGCCUCAGCUUAGGGCAGAACAGGAAAGGGAACCAGGGCGCGGAGCUUCAGUUCCUUUUUCUUCCCCAAAGUGAGAGAUCAGAUGGAGCAGCAGGUGGUUUUUCCUGUCCUUGUAGUGACCUUGAGGAACAAGAAAUGGGAGUCAUGUUCCUCAUCUCUACUCCGAGACAGAUAAAUGUACCCCCCCGCCCAAAAAAAAAAAAGAAUGGCUUUGAUUUGGAGACCCACCAGAGAGAUUGGACUGGAGGGAGAUGGGAAGCGGGAAUCCCAGGCUUCCACAGAUGUUCCCAGCUGCCCUCUACAUCCCUGACAAGCAUGAAAUCUGACACAAGAGCCAUACCUGGGAGCUGGGGCCCUUCAGAGCAGGCUUUCCCCUCUGCUCUGGAGCAGGAGGAGGGGAAGUCGCAGACUGGGCCUUCAAUGCCUGACAUUUUAGGAAGGCUAGAAUUACACCCUUCCCCCUUCCGUGGCAGACCUGGAGCUGUUUCCUGGUGGGGGGAUGUUCUGGCUCCCUGAUCUUCCUGUCACUGAGGUGGGGAGGACCCCCUAGCUUUUGCUCUGCCUGUGACAUUCUUUUCUCAAUCUCCUUUGCUACAUCUUCAUCCAUAUCAUACCUGCAGCUCCCGUGGGCUCACUUACUACUGUGUAAAUGAUUUCCAGAUCUCCACUUCCAGCCCUAACCUCUAUCUCCCGGGUUCCUUUCCUACAGUAGACAACUCAAAUUGGAUGAUCUGUAUGCGUUCCAAAUUCAUCUGGUUCAAAACAGAAGUCAUUAUCUUUCCCCUACAAACCAGCCUCUUUUUCCUGAACUUUCCUGUCACUAUUGAGGGUACCACCAGCCUCCCACUCAGCCAGGUCCCUUAUUUCAGUGUGGUCCUUGACUCCUCACUGUCAGCCCAGUCAGCCGGCUCAUUACCAGAUCUUAUUGUUUCUGCCUUCAUGGACAUCUCUUGCUCAAUUCCUUUCCCAUUCUGCUGGAGAAAUGCCCACUAUUUAUUUGUCUAUUAUUCCAAAGAUUCUAAUUAAUAUAAUUCCAGAGAUUCUAAUUCUAAUUUUAAAUAUUGAUAAUGCUGCUUUUAAGAGUGAUUUGGUAUUAAGGAUUAUAAAAUAAAUUUCGGAUUAAAAAUAGUGUUUGUCUAACCCAAUUAAUUUUCUGUUCAGGAUGUAAAAUAAACAAUUCCAAGGAAACAGCCA